AUGUCAACGGAACAUCUAGAACCCCAGCUAACUAACAUCUUGCAUAAUGGCCCUUCAUUCGUAAAUGCUGAACCGAAGGAAUUACCGAAACGUUGCUUAUUGUCCAAGGCGAGUUUGCAACGAGCGACCGGUCGACUUAAAGAAGAAUACAUUCCCGAAAGUGCCCUAAACGAGUUAACUGGCGGAAUGACUCGUAUCAUAGAGGAAUGCGAAAAA